AUGGCUAGCGGCUCCCUGCUCCAGGACCCAUCGCUCCAGGCACGGCUUCAUCAAUCGAUUACCCUCAUCGACGGUCGUACACUCGGCUUCGCAGAAUUUGGCUCAACCAGUGAAAAUGCCACUCCACUUUUCGCUUUCCAUGGACUUCCUGGGUCGAGAUUCGAGUCUGCGUCAUUUCAUCAUGCCGCGCGUGAAGUGAACGUGCGGGUCAUCGGCAUCGAUCGCCCGGGACUCGGCCUUUCCUCCCCACAGCCGAAUCGUAAGCUUAUGGACUGGCCCUCUGAUACACGUGAGCUGGCAAAACGCCUAGAUCUGGCGCAAUACUAUGUUCUCGGGGUUUCUGCAGGCGGGCCGUAUGCCCUUGCCUGUGCUCAUGGUUUACCAGACUCGGAGCUGCUGGGGGUGGGCGUUGUGUCGGGCAUGGGUCCUUGGCAAUUGGGCACCGGGGGUGCGACUUUGGACCUGCGACUUUUACUCAAUUGCCUUGCGUAUGCGCCUUGGCUAGCUCGCAUUAUGCUGAACACCAUAUUUGGUGAGAUGGUCAAGGGCUCGGAUCCGGUCAAGAUGAGGGAGGUGGUGAUUGGUGCCACGAAGCGCAUGAAGCCUGCUGAUCGAGACUUCUGUGAAACACCUGAAAGCUUGGAUCUCCUGCAGGCUUCCCUCAAAGAAAGCUUUAGACAUGGUGUAGAUGCUACAGUGGAUGAAGGACGAGUCUUGACGUCGGACUGGGGAUUUGAGCUGGACCAAAUUCACCUAAAGAAUAUCCGCUUGUGGUAUGGUACGGAAGACUAUAACACUCCUGUUACAUUGGGGCGCUACAUGGCUGGACGUAUCCCCCAUGCUGUUUUAAAAGAAUACACUGGAGACUCACAUUUUACUAUACAUAGACGCGCCACUGAAAUUCUAAGGGACUUGGUGGCGCCCAAGUGA